UGAGUAACAACAAUGGCAGCAGCAACUUCCAUCGUUGACUUUGAAAACGGUUUCAUCUUUAUCAUCCUUUGCCUCUUUUCAUAUCUCUGUUACUAUUUCUUCUUCUUCAAGAAACCAAAUGACUCACAAGAAGGCUGUGCUCAUCUGCCUCCCAGCCCUCCAUCGCUUCCAAUCAUCGGUCAUCUUCACCUUCUCAUCUCUCUUCUACUCCACAAAUCUUUACAGAAACUGUCCACCAAGUACGGACCAAUCAUCUAUCUUCGUGUCUUAAAUGUCCCCAUAGUCCUCGUCUCCUCUGCCUCGGUAGUCCAUGAGAUCUUUAGGGCGCAAGACAUGAACGUUUCCACUCGCAGCCUACCUACGAACGAAGGGUCUCUUUUCUUUGGAUCUUACGGGUUCGUCACUGCUCCUUAUGGAGAUUACUGGAAAUCCAUAAAGAAGCUCAUCACCACCAAGCUCCUUGGACCUCAGGCUCUAGAGAGGUCACGAGGGGUCCGUGCAGAUGAGGUAAAUCGGUUUUACUUGAAUCUUGCAGACAAGGCAAGGAAGAAAGAGAGCGUUGAGAUUGGUGAGGAAGCUAGGAAGCUAAUAACCAGCAACAUGUGCAAGAUGCUUGUGGGAAUUAAGAGUGAUGAUCAAGUAGAGAAAGUGAGGUGCUUAGUGGCUGAAACAGAUGUCAUGUCAAAGAAGUUUGUCUUCGCGGCCAUCUUGCGCAAGCCGCUUGCCAGGCUCGGUAUCUCACUUUUCAAAAAGGAUUUAGCGAGUAUUUCCCGCAGGUACGACGAGGUGUUGGAGAAGAUUCUUGUGGAAUACGAAGAGGAGCAUAAUCAAAGUAGUGAGGUUUUGGACCUACUAUUGGAAGCUUGUCAAGAGUCUAAUAUUACUAGGAACCAUAUCAAGGCCUUGUUUGUGGAUCUUUUCAUUGCAGGUACUGACACCUCAACGAACACUAUACAGUGGACCAUGGCAGAGAUUUUCAACAACCCGAAGAUACUUGAGAGACUGAGAGAAGAAAUUGAUUCGGUUAUAGAGAAUAAUAAUACUACAAGGUUGAUUCAGGAAACAGAUCUGCCAAACCUUCCGUAUUUGCAAGCUGUCGUCAAGGAAGGACUGAGAUUGCACCCACCGGCACCUCUUGUGUUAAGGAGCUUCCAAGAAGGAUGUAAGGUCAGGGGCUUUGAUGUGUUGGAGAAGACAACACUUAUCGUUAACUGCUAUGCUGUGAUGAGAGAUCCUGAUAUCUGGGAAUACCCUGAGGAGUUCAAGCCUGAGAGGUUUUUGCCUUCUUCCUCAGGAUCAUUUCAAGAGGGUCUAAAAUACGUUCCUUUCGGCGGAAGGAGAGGCUGUCCUGGAUCAAAUCUAGCUUAUCUUUCUGUAGGAACCGCAGUUGGAGUCAUGGUGCAGUGUUUUGAUUGGAAAAUCCAAGUAGAUAAGGUUAACAUGGAAGAGGCUCGUGGAACAAUGACGUUGAGUAUGGCUCAUCCCCUUAAGUGCACUCCUCUUCUUCGAAAUGUAAACCCUUUGCCUUCCAUUCCCUAGAUUUCCAGUCUGAGUGGGUUCCAGAUGACGGUGACUAUGGCUCCUCAUCCCCUUGAGUGCAUUAUUUAACUAAACAUAUCUCUGUUUAUGUUAUUUAAAUUAUGUUAUGUAAUUUUUCUAAAAAUAAGAAAAUAAAUUAUCAAAUAUCUUUUAUAA